AUGGCCUCUCGAGACGACCCUCUUUCGAUCAACAAUCUUCUUGGCGUCAAGGGCCGGGUGGCGGUGAUCACUGGGGGUGGAUCAGGCUUGGGUGAAAUGAUGGCUAAGGCCUGGGUCGUCAACAGCGGACAUGUGAUCAUCGCCUCACGAAAAGAACAGGCGCUUUCAAAAGUUUGCCAGGAGCUUAACGCUCUGGGCACCGGCAAGGCCGACUAUGUGGUCGGUGACGUAUCUUCCAAGGCCGGAUGUCUAGCUCUUUGUGCCGAGAUCAAAAAGAAGGUCAACAAGAUACACGUCCUGGUCAAUAACUCCGGGGUCUCUUGGGGUGCCCCAUACGAUAACGUUCCUGAGAAAGAGGGAUGGGACAAAGUUCUCAGCAUGAAUGUGAAAUCGGUAUUCUACAUGACAUCAGAGCUCACCUCUUUACUUGCGAAAGAUGCAACGAAUCUGGAUCCCGGCAGAGUGAUCGUCGUCUCGUCCGUUGCUGGACUUACCAGCAAAGCCGAAUCGAGCGGUCUUGGAGCGGAAGGACAUGGACUUUGGUCAUAUAAUGCAAGUAAAGCAGCCGCAAUCUCCUUGUCCAACAACCUCGCCGUCACACUUGCCCCUAAGUUUAUCACCGUCAAUGCGAUCUGCCCCGGAGUAUAUCCGUCUCGAAUGACCGCAUACGGUUUGAAGAAGCAAUCGGACUUGCUCAAUAGCCAACACCCAAUGGGUCGAAUCGGAACCCCCGAGGAUAUGGCCGGAGUCUUUCUUUUCUUGACCACUCGAGCGGGAGCUCACAUAACUGCCAACUACAUUCUCACCGACGGAGGCUCUUUGGCCUCGACUUCGGGAUAUACAAAACUAUAA